AUGGCGCUGCACCCACGCAGGGUGCGCCUGAAGCCAUGGCUGGUGGCCCAGGUGGACAGUGGGAUGUACCCUGGCCUCAUCUGGCUGAACCGAGAGGCCAAGCGGUUCCAGAUCCCCUGGAAGCACGCAACACGGCACAGCCCCCAGCACGAGGAGGAGAACACCAUCUUCAAGGCAUGGGCUGUGGAAACAGGAAAAUACCAGGAAGGAGUGGAUGAGCCAGACCCUGCAAAGUGGAAAGCGCAGCUACGGUGUGCUCUGAACAAAAGCCGAGAAUUUAACCUGAUGUAUGAUGGCACCAAGGAGGUGCCCAUGAAUCCUAUCAAAAUUUAUGAAGUGUGUGAUAUCCCCCAGUCCCAGGGAUCAAUCAUUAAUCCAGGUUCCACUGGCUCAGCUCCAUGGGAUGAAAAGGAUAAUGAUCUUGAUGAUGAAGAGGAGGAAGAACUGAAUCAAUCCCAGCAUGUCCCCAUUCAAGAGACAUUUCCAUUUCUUAAUAUCAAUGAUUCUUCGAUGGCUCCUGCCAGCGCAGAAAACUGCAGCCCUGAAACUGUUUGGCCAAAGAAUGAACCUCUAGAUAUGGAAAUGCCCCCAACUGCACUGCAACACGACUUCUUCAGCAGCCCUGAGCUCUGGAUCAGCUCUCUGCCAAUGACAGACCUAGAAAUCAAGUUUGAGUAUCGAGGGAAGGAGACUGGACCAACGACCACCGUAAGCAACCCACAGGGAUGCAGACUUUUCUACGGAGAGCUGGGUCCCAUGCCAGACCAGGAGGAGCUCUUUGGGCCUAUUAGUUUGGAGCAAGUAAAAUUUCCAGGCACAGAGCAAAUCACCAAUGAAAGGCAGAAGAUCUUCACAAGUCGGCUGCUGGAUGUUAUGGACAGGGGACUGAUCCUGGAGGUCAGUGGCCAUGCCAUCUACGCUGUCCGCCUCUGCCAGUGCAAGGUGUACUGGUCUGGUCCCUGUGCACCUUCCUCCACUACACCAAAUUUGAUUGAGAGGCAAAAGAAAGUCAAACUCUUCUGCCUGGAAACAUUCUUAAGCGAGCUGAUUGCCCAUCAGAAAGGACAAAUUGAGAAACAGCCACCAUAUGAGAUCUACUUCUGUUUUGGAGAAGAGUGGCCUGAUGGAAAACCCAGGGAGAGGAAGCUGAUUGUGGUUCAGGUCAUUCCAGUGGUGGCUCGGAUGAUCUAUGAAAUGUUCUCUGGUGACUUCACACGCUCCUUUGACAGCGGCAGCGUGCGCCUCCAGAUCUCUACACCUGACAUCAAGGACAACAUCGUGGCUCACCUGAAGCAGCUGUACCGCCUGCUGCAGAACCACCAGGAGGGGUGGCCGAUGCCAGCCCCCCCCAUGCACAUGGCACAACCCCUGCCAGCACAGUGA